GACAGCCAAUCACGCCAUAUGCGCAGUAGAAUUGAAACCUGUCAGUGACACUAAAAUUGUAGUUUGAAAAUUCAUGGCGUAAAAUUAACAAGAAAGUUCUAGAAAAAAUGGAAGUCGAAAUCGGUGUCUUAGAAAGGGUAAGUAAUUUGGUGGGCUCCUCCGAGGCCGGACUAAAGCUACUACUCUCCGUGCUUGCAGGCUAUCCAAUCGCCCAAAUACAUCGAACGUAUUUGUACGGACGAAACGCUAACUACCAGCAUCUGUAUUUCCUCCUUAGCGGAUUAACGUUAGGUUUUUUAAAUUAUGGACGCGACAUACUGCAUCCACUCUCGGCUGUGCUGGUUACUUACGCGACCGUCGUGCUUUUCAGGAGAUCCGCACUGUCGGUCGUGAUCACCUUCGUAUUUAACAUGACUUACUUACUAAUGGGUUACUAUUACGUCGGCACGAACGACUAUGACAUUAAUUGGACUAUGCCACAGUGUAUCAUCGUGCUGCGGUUAAUAGGACUCGCCUUCGACCUAUACGACGGCCAGAAACCGCCCGAAUCACUAUCGGGCGACGGGAAAAAGGUGGCGCUGCGCGAAAUGCCGCAGUUCCUCGAAACUCUGGGUUUCGUAUUCUUCCCGACGAGUUUCCUCGUCGGGCCCCAGUUCCCGUUGAAGAGGUACCAGGAGUUUAUCGAAGGUAAAUUUGGUCCUAGUCCCGGCACGCCGCCCCAGUCGGUGCACGCCGCCGUCAGAAGAUUUCUGUUGGGCGUCGGAGUUUUGUCGGUUUUUCUGACGCUAAGUCAGUUCACGUCGGACGACUAUAUAAUGUCGGACGCCUUCCGUAAUCGCGGCAUUUUGAUGAGGUACUUCGAGCUCGGCGUAUGGGGAAGGUUUACCUUGUAUAAGUAUAUUUCGUGCUGGUUACUUACGGAGGGUGCGUGCAUUUUGUUUGGUAUCACGCAUAAUGGCGUCGACGAAUUCGGUGCGAUAAAGUGGAACGGCGUGGAGAACGUUAAGGUGUCGCUAUUGGAGAGCGCGACAGAAUUCAAUCAUUACAUCCUCUCCUUCAAUAUCAACACAAACAGCUGGGUCGCCCACUACGUUUACAAGAGGCUUAAAUUUCUCGGAUCUCGCUACUACAGCCAGGCGAUCUCGCUGAUCUUCUUGGCGGUCUGGCACGGCUUCCAUAGCGGAUACUACGUGUGCUUCGCGUUCGAGUUCAUCGUGAUGUAUUUAGAACGAGACGUGAGGCAGAUCGUUAAAUCGAACCAGGAGGUGUCGAAAUUUCUGCAGAGACCGGCCGUUAGCCUGAUCCUUACACUUUUACAGAGAGUGUACACGUUCGUAUUCAUGGGGUGGUGCCUGUUGCCGUUCGCGCUUCUAAAGUUCGAACGAUACUGGCUCGUGUUCGGUUCGGUGAACUACGUCGGUCUCCUAUUUUUCCUACCUUACCCGAUCCUGUACAGAUACAUUUUAAAAAAGUUGUUGAAAACUACUAAGAGGGAUUAGUAUAUCCGGGAAGUUCUUUUUUUAAUUUUCCGUUUUAAUGUAUUAUUUAUUCAUUCGGUUCACAAGACAAUUUUAACUGACCUGGGUCGCUUCUCACAGUAUUUUAAGGUUGACAUAAAGCGCGAACACGUGAUCUUUUAUAGUUCGGGCACCGUUUUAGCUUCACCUCAGAGAAACGGGCGGCUUUUUGUUCCUUAAAAAAAACGUUUUUUUUUUCAACCACCUCUACAACGAUUGUAAAUUAUGCAGUGCGAUUUUGAUACUUACCAGAGUUUACUUAUUUUACCAUGGCCUUUUGUAUUCCAAAGACAUUAUUUAAGUUUAACUACAUUUGUAUUAAAUAAAUUUAUUGAUUUGCAA